AUGAGUACUAGCGUUCGUAGUAGCGGUACCAACAAUCGAGGAUUUUCAAAUCGUAGAAUAAGUGGUCACAAAACUUACAGAAAUCAACAACGGAAGUCACACUCCUAUCCCUCAAGUAAUAACAACUUCAACAGCAGUCACAGCAAUGAUCCGACACAUGGACACUUGGAGGGUGUAUAUGCCGAUGCUCACUUUACUUAUCAUGUAACUAGUUUAAUGGGUGUAUUAGUACGUGUAGUCGUUACUAAUGGGAAUAUGUUUGAAGGAAUAUUGCGAUCGUGCUCACCAAAGGCGGAUAUUGUCUUAAAUGCUGUCCAUAGACUUAAAACUAGCGAUAACGGAAACCAGCUUAGAAUCGAUGAUAAUAUUACGGAGAAUAUGAUAUUUCAUCCUAAAGACAUUGUUCACAUCGAAGCUCGCGAUGUCAACUUAAUGAAAUACAAAAAAUCAGCGGACUUUAUGACUGAUUCUGCUAUCAGCGGGUACAAUGGCGAAACUGAAGGACGUGAAUUAACUCCAUGGGAAGCAGAUCCAAGUAUACAAGCCGAUGAGGGCCUUGGCCUUUUUGAUGAUGAUUCGGCUCGUUGGGAUUCAAAGGAUAUGUUACAUACAAAUGAAACUAAGUUUGGCGUGAAAUCAACUUUUGAUUCCUCGAUGAAAGACUACACGACUGAAUUAAAGAAAACGAAUUCAUUGGAAUAUAAGAAAAAGAUGGAAGAAGCGGAAAGGCUAGCCUAUGAAAUAGAUAUUGAAAAUCGAAAUCGAAAAGUCAAUACCUACAGUAACUUAACGGAAGAAGGAAAAUAUAGCGCUGUCAUUAGCGAUUCGAACAUCAAUAAGUAUACCGAAAGUACAAAAAGUCAGGAUAACGGAAAGGAUAAUAUCAAAAUUGAUAACAAGAGUGAAGCUUCCAGCAAUAACGAAGUCACUAGUAGUAAAGAAGUAACUAAAGAUGAAAUCACUAUUACUAGUGAUAAAGUUGAUAAUACUACUGACGUCGGUGCCUCUAAUAUGCAAGCGAAAGAUCACGUUGAUGUCCCUGAGAAUAGCAGCAGUAAAGAAAUUUCUGAAGACACGGUUGUUGCAGAAAGUGUGAAAGAUGAAACCGCUAAAGACGCUAUUUCAUCUGAGAAACAGGAAAUAACCUCUAUAGGGCAAGCGCCAAAACCUGAUAUUGAAAGGUUGAAAGAUUUUCAUAAAAAUUUCACGUUUGGUCCUGUCACCAGCAGCAAUGAAAAUUCGACGACAGAUUCAACAACUAAUGAUAAAGUAGAUUCUGAUAAUAGCGCAGCAAAAUCUGAGAAUUUAAAUGAAAAGAAGAAAUCAUCAAAGCUUAAUCCUAAUGCUAAAGCAUUCACUCCUACCAGCACUUUGAAAUCUAAGUCAAGCAGUAGUCCACCAACAACAACUGUAACGGUUUCUACCACCACUAGUGGAAUUCAUCAAACGUCGUCCAAUACAUCCAGUAGUUACCAAAGCAAGCAUAAAUCUAAGGGACGAUCUUCUAAUAACGUUCCUAGCCAGUCCAGUUCAUUCCAGAAUCAUCCCGGAAUUCCUUAUAACACUCCAAGUAUGCAAGGGCCUAACAGUUCGCCUACUGCAGCAGGUCAGCCUAUGGCAAUGAAUUUGCCGACACAGGUUGGUCAACGUAUCCAAAAUGUGCCACAGCCGAUGCCCACAGUAAUUACAUAUCCACAAACUGUCCAACAAAAUGAAAUUCGUCAGGCAACACAAGUUCAGCCGCAAGUUUACCAGCAAGCAAUAAGUCCGAGAUUUGGAUUGCAGAAUCAGCAAUUAUCUCAGCAAAGUCCUACACCAGGUUAUAGCUAUAACGUCCUAGUUACACCGCGUCCAUUAGCUUCAAGUAACACCGCUGGUAUGAAUCCUCAUAUUAAUUCUUCACAGUUUAUGCAGUCAAGAGGCCCAUAUUAUCAAUAUAAGCAGUGA